UCGCUGCCAACAAGGUUCUUGGCAUCCUUGCACAAGUGUGACGCAAAAUGAGUCUCUCAGCAGCAGACAAAGCCGUUGUUAAGGGCCUCUGGUCCAAGAUUGCCUCAAAAUCUGAUGUUAUCGGCGGCGAGGCUCUUUCCAGAAUGCUCGUCUCCUAUCCUCAGACGAAAACCUAUUUCUCUCACUGGGCUGACCUGAGUCCUGGAUCAGCACCAGUGAAGAAGCACGGUGGCACUAUUAUGGCAUCUAUUGGAGACGCAAUUGGAAAAAUCGAUGAUCUUACUGGCGCCCUGUCAAGCUUGAGUGAGCUGCAUGCUUUCAAACUCAGGGUUGACCCCGCAAACUUCAAGAUCCUGGCCCACAAUAUUAUUGUCUGCAUCGCCAUGUACUUCCCAGCGGACUUCUCUCCUGAGGUCCAAGUUUCUGUGGACAAGUUUCUUCAGAAUCUGGCUCUGGCUCUAUCUGAGAAGUAUCGUUAAACAACAAACAGCUGCCUUGAAUUUCAUCAUUGUAAAAUGAUGUAAAAUGGCGGAAAUAAAGAUUGCUUAAUCUCA